CCUCUUCCGUUUAUGUUGGAUGUCGGAGCGAAGAAGCCCCCCAGGGGAAAAUGGUCAACGCCGCCCUUCGACCCGCGCUUCCCCAACCAGAACCAGACCCGUAACUGCUACCAGAACUUCCUGGACUUCCACCGCUGCGUGAAGACCAUGAAGCGCCGCGGGAAGAGCGAGCAGCCCUGCGAGUACUAUUUCCGCGUGUACCGCUCGCUGUGCCCCGUCAGUUGGGUGCAGCGCUGGAACCAGCAGAUCAAAGAAGGCACCUUCGCGGGCAAAAUCUGACUGCCCGAGCGCG